AUGACGGCAAUCUACGUGAAGAAUCGUCUGCCAUCGCCCAAGUGCCAAGAUCAAACCCCGUUCGAGAUCGUCAACGGAUUUCGACCAAGUGUGAAGCACAUGCGGGUUUUCGGCUGCCGAACGUUUGUGCUGACCCCUAAGGAAAAGAGAUCGAAAUGGGAUCCGAAGGCUCGUGAAGGACUAUUCAUGGGGUACGAAGAAGUGUCAAAGGCAUAUCGCGUUUACGACAUUGAAGCGGACCAAGUGGUGAUAUCUCGCGAUGUCACAUUCGACGAAUCAACGUUUGGUUUCUCGCCGACGCUACCACAAGAAAUUGUUGAUGACACUGCGCUGGAUAUCGAAUCGAUGAACAUCAGCGAUGAGCCUCACCCCAUGCAGUUCAAGCAAACUGGAAAACGCAAAAGCCGUUCAAACAGUCAAGAACAAGUUCUACAACGGACACUUCCUGAGCGUCGUGGAACCGGGUUAGAAGAAGCAAGUGCCCCGGAUGACUCUGAAUCGCACCAAGCGAAGCGACGAUCAAGCGCUCGAGACAAUCUGGACGAAGAGCAAAAGGGCAGUGACGAAGAUAACGAGGAUGCUACACCUCAAGUCUUUUGGCGAGCGAGUGCCAAUGCAGUCGAAGGUACUGACUUGUCUGAGCCGACAACGUUUGAAGAUGCUGUUGGUGGACCAGAUCAAGUGCAUUGGCGUAAAGCAAUCUGUGCCGAGUUGGACUCGAUGAAACUUCGUGGCGUGUUUCGAGCGACCAAACUGCCAGCUGGACAGCAUGCCAUUGGUACCAAGUGGGUCUUCAAGAUCAAACGCAAAGCAGACGGAUCCAUCGAGAAGUACAAGGCACGUCUCGUGGCAAAAGGAUUCAAGCAGAAAUACGGCAUCGACUACACGGAAACGUUCUCGCCGGUGGUCAAGUAUGUGACGCUGCGCAUGGUGGUCGCGAUUACCAAGUACUUUGGCUGGCCUCUUGACCAACUUGACGUGGUCACAGCUUUCCUGUAUGGAGUAAUGAAGGAAAAAGUGUUUUGCGUCAUUCCAGAAGGCGUCGAAAUGGAUGAAGACUUUGACUGUUUGGAAUUGGUGAAGGCAAUCUACGGUCUUAAACAAGCCUCGCGCGUUUGGAACGAGACUUUCGACGAGUUUGUGCGCUCAAUUGGAUUUCAAGUCUCCGAUUUUGACCCGUGUCUUUAUCUCAAGAUUACAAGUGGCGAGUGCGUGCUUUUGCUGGUCUACGUGGACGAUGUGCUGGUGACUGGGAGCUCGACGGAACUCAUUGCGUGCACCAAGAGUGACCUCAAGACGCGUUUCGAGAUGACCGACAGCGGCAAGUGUACUUUUGUUUUGGGCAUCGAACUGGUCGAAAACGCUGACAAUAGCGUGACGAUGUGCCAGCGACGCUAUGUCGAUGACAUUCUCAAGCGUUUUGGCAUGAGCGAGUGCAAGGCCGUCACCAGCCCAACAGACAUCAGUUCUCGACUCAUACCAAGCACCGCAGCAACCAAAAUCGACGCCCCGUUUCGUGAAGCAGUAGGCGCUUUCAUGCACCUGACGACCGCAACACGCCCAGACAUAGCUUUUGCUGUGAGGUACGUAUCGCGUUUCAUGGAAAACCCCCAAGUCGAGCACUGGAUUGCAGUGAAGCGUAUUUUCCGCUAUCUGCAAGGGACCACGUCACAUGGAAUUUGUUUCAAGCCUGGUGAAGAAGUUGAUUUUCGUGGAUACUCUGAUGCGGACUGGGCUGGAGACCAUUCCGAACGCAAGUCAACUUCGGGAUAUGCGUUUCUGUUGAUGAGCGCACCAAUCAGUUGGGGAAGCAAGAAGCAGUCAAGUGUGUCGCUUUCAACGAGCGAAGCUGAGUACAUUGCACUCAGCUUAGCGAUCCAAGAAGGCAAGUGGGUUCACCGACUGCUGUGUGAGAUUCUGGAUGCCGCAGAGGACAAGUCUGGACCCGAGCUCAAGAUCAUGGAAGACAACCAGUCGUGCAUCAAGAUGACGAAGAAUCCCGUGAACCAUGGUCGAGCCAAGCACAUCGACAUCAAGUACCAUCACAUCCGUGAUGAAGUCAAGCGUGGUGAAGUCAAGUUGGAGUACUGUGAGACUUCAAUCAUGUUGGCUGACAUCAUGACCAAGGGACUUCACGGACCGCGUCACAGAGAGAUGACAGCGGCACUCGGGAUUCGUGAGAGUUCGCAUUGA